AUGAACGUGGAUUUUAACCAUACCUUAUCAAAUUUCACCGACAUAAAGCCAAAUUUUACGUACACAACUGAAACGAACAUGUCAUAUUGGAACCAAAGUGACUUUUUUCAUAACCUGACCAAUAAUUCUGAAUUAGAAUACGAUUAUCAAACUUUAAAUAGUACAGCCAAGGAAGAUUUGUGGACUAGUUGUAAGGAAUGGACUCCCGCACAACACAAUCUCUUCCAGACUGCUAAUUUCUUCUUUGCCGCUGCUUUUCUCGUUCCAGGAAGUUUUAAACAAAGCGUUCUGUUAGUUAGGGCCCUUUUGUCAAUUGGUUACUUUUUUCUUACGAUAUGGGGUGGCGUAGAGAUUUGUGCCCCAGAUAUUUUACUAUGGAAUCUAAUAAUUGUGAUAUUAAAUGCAGGCCACACCGCCUUACUCACGUGGAAAUUUCUGCCUCCGACACUAACUUUGGAAUUGACAGAUUUAUAUCUUAAGGUUUUUAAACCGCUUAGGGUGAGUAAAAAACAUUUUAAAGAAUUAGUCAGAGAAGCCAAAGUAAUGAACUUAGAAGAAGGUGAUAUUUAUGCUGUAGAAGAUGUCAGUCCUGCAGAUGAAAGACUAUCAAUUUUGCUCAAAGGAAGAUUAAGAGUUACUUGCGAUGAUACCCAUUUGCAUUUUAUAAAUAUGCACCAGUUUGUGGAUUCUCCAGAAUGGGAAGCAAAUCACGAACAAUCAGAUGACGUUUUCCAGGUGACGAUUACUGCAGAAGAGGACAGUGUCUAUCUUUGCUGGCCUAGGAUGAAAUUAGAGAGAGUUUUAAGGCAUAGACCGAUGUUGAAAACUGUAUUGGACAGUAUUAUAGGUAAAGAUAUCACACAAAAGCUUUAUGCCCUGAAUGAGCAUUUAAGCGGACUAAGUGAGCGACGAGAACGAGAUUCCUUAGGAAGACUAGAAACGCAAAGUUGGGUGCCUCUAGUAGCCAAACAAUUUCCUGCUAAAUCUCCAUUCAAUCCACAAAGUUCAUCAACGAGUUUGCGUAUUCCCGAAGUACACACCACUCCCAGUAGAAGUCGUUCUUUAAAAAAACCCAGAGAAGUCAAAUUCGAAACGAAGAAAAAAUAA